GGUUAUCCCCAGUGACAGUUCAAUACUCCAGAUAGGCAGCCCCCGUGUGGCUGACUCCACCUACACCAGCGUGGUAUAUCCAAUCAGCUUGCAGGACACCCAGUCACCAUGGAAACGAGACAUGACUGACAUCUACCUGACCCUGACCUGCAGCCUGACAGGACAGGUGGUGAAAGUGCCAGUGAACCUGAUUGCUGAGACAGUGGAACAAGUUCCAACAGUAACUUACAACCCUCGUGAAGGCGUGCCAACGUGGGGAGUCCUGAUCCGAGCCAUCCUGGAGAACUAUGAGUUCUGGAUCCUCCUGGUCCUGACAGCCAUCGCUAUCUGUGCUGCUACCUUCAUCACGUACCAUGCCAUAGUUGGUUCAGGGUCGUCCCAGCCCAGCCAACAGAGCAGUCUGUACCUACACCAGUCUCCCACCGCAGUUCCACCUCCUCCAUACAGCUCCGCAUCUCCUGGCUUUCAACACUCCCCCUGGGGAUCGCCAUUCCAGACCACGGACACCUCCCCCCGGAACAGAACACGACUAUGGAGCACAGACUAUAACCCAACGGAGGGGUCUCCUCUAUUACACAGCAAAACCUCCUAGCAUCUUAGAAAAAACUUUAAGAAGUUUAUACAUCAUUUACUAGCCAAACAAAACACAUUUUUUACACCAACAACGUUUACUUGAGUGUCAUCGGUACAUGUGCAUGUACACAAAAUGUACAUGAUAUUAGAAAUAUGAAAUAAGAUAUGAAACAUAUUUCUUGUCAUAUUUGUACGCUGCCUACCUCUAAUCCUCACGUGACAGUGAACAACUGGCAAUAAACUGGAUAUUGAAUUAGUAUUCAUACAUGUACAAAUUUACAUGACGUUAAGCAUUCGUCGAUGUAGGUUAGACAUCCAGGUAAUAAGGUACACCAAAAAGUAGUUAC